UUGAAGCAUUUUGCAUGCGGUAAACUAUCGAUUGCUCGGAUCGCAAAUAUCUAUGGGGAACUAGUGAACAGACUCUCCGAUCCUAACGAUGAAUUACCAGUGAAGGUUGAAGCGGCGAUCGCUAUACAGCACGUAUUAGAAGGACAAGCAAGAUGUCUUCCGGAGGUCAAAAAUCGUUCCACUGCAGAUCGUUCCAUGUUAAAACCGCACAUUCGAGUAGUGGUAAUUGAAGUUUUACGUCUUGUGGCUCGAGCUGAAAUCGAAGAGAUGACAGGUGUCAUGGAUGCACUGUUAGAAGAAUUUGUUGACGAUAUCAUCCCGAUUGCUGUGGAUGUAGCAACAGAAUUGGUAACUUUUGCUUUCUGGAUUUCUCAUCGGGAUGCAUGUGGAUAA